AUGGUUGAAUAUCGAUUGAUUAAAUAUAAACCACCAGAAGGAUUUUUAAUGACAAAUCAAUAUGCGAUAACGGGUUUGAUAGAUGGUGGUAUGGAUAAAUUUCAAUUCGUACUUUACAGAGAAGAAGAUAUUAUUUACAAUGAAGAAAUAGAUCCCAUUGCAUGUCAAAUAAAGUUAUCACGUAUAAUAGGACGUAAAGUUAUAGGUCAAUUGUUUAGUAAUGUUAAUCCAUCACGGUGGUCUUACAUGUGGUUGAAUGAGGGUAUUGCUACGUUGUUCGGCGUGUACAUAAUCAAUCAGAUUAUGCCAGAUUCUCGGAUGUUGGAUUUGUUCGUAGUGCAGACUCAACAAGAAUCUCUCCGUCUAGACGAUUCACAUAUUAUGAAUCCUCUUGAUUCAGAAGUUAACACACCUUCCAUAUUGCGUAUGCUACAUCAUAUAAUGGGUGAUAAAAUUUUCCAGGAAGGGAUUAAAGUGUAUAUGAAAAGAGAGACGGGAAGUCUGGACGAUUUUUGGACUGUAAUGCAAUCUGUCUAUGAUUCACAAACUAUGGAUUUGGAGAAACUUAAUGUGAAAGACUUGAUGAAUCCUUGGAUACAAGAAAAGCAAUAUCCUAUUCUUAAUGUAACGGAAAUCUUUAAUAGUGAAUGGACGAAAAUUUUUCUAGAAACUGCCUCCAAAAACUGGAUGGUACCAUUAAGAAGUCAAGUGUAUAUAAAUUUAAAACAAAUUUUACCCAAGAUUUGCAAGAAAAUGAUUUUGCUCGUGACCCAACAGUACUUUCUUGAAAAAUGCUACAAUUCUGAACAUAGUCAGUUCAUAAUAAUCAAUCAGCAACAAAUAGGCGAAUUAGAUUCUUCUGUAUUUUGGGAUGUCGUAAGCUAUCUAAAGUGGGAAACGGACUAUAUACCAUGGUAUUCUAUGUUCAAAGCUGCUGAGCACAUGUCAUACAUUCUACCGUUUAAUAGUACUGAUAGUACAAUAUUCAAGAGGAAACUACAAAUGCAACUGGGUCCGCUUCUUCAAAAGAUUGAAAACGAGGAAAAAUCUAACGAGGACAAUUUUAUUAAAUGUUUAAGACAAGAAGCUCUAAGAUGGGCAUGUGUUCUCGGUGAUAGCGAAUGCAAGAAAUAUGCUGAAUUUAAAUUGCAAUGGCAUUUGUUAAAUACGACGUAA